CGUGGGGUACUAGUGGAGUACCCACAUCACACAUCUUGUACUGCCAUCAUCAGUAACCACGCCAGGAUGAUGGGUAGGAGGCCGCUACCGCAGCUGCUGCUGCUGCUGCUGCUGUUGUCUGCUGCUGAUGCCUCUACCACCACUACUGCUGACUCCAAAGCUGUUGAUCUAUCGACUGAGGCUGCUGCUACCACCACUACUACCACCACCACUACCACCACCACUACCACCUCGUCCUCCCUGGCUACUUCUACCAGCAAUACUGAGGAAACUCCCACCACCACCACCACUAUUACUAUUUCUGCUGUGACUGCUGAUGUAGCCACACUUGCUGACGCAGCUGCUGUGCCUGCUGACGUCAACCAACACGUCAGCGCUGACUCAGACAACACUCCGGCUGCUACUGACGUUCUCACUAACAAACAAGGGAUGGAGAAAUAUCAGAGCUGGAACAAAUAUAGAGAUCGUUUACGGCCGGCAUAA